UGAAAGGAUGAACCUCCUCAAGUGUUUCCUGCUCCUGUGUGUUGGUUCAGAUCCUUCCUGGGGUGUUUCGUCCCACGCUCUUGUUGUGAGUCAGAGUGCGGACAUUUCUGUUCUGGAGGGAAAGACAGUGAACAUCACCUGCUGCUGGACUGACACUGCCGAGAGAGUCGGCCUUAAAUGGCUGAAAAACCAAACUUUAAUCAGGAGUAAGGCUAUCAUAGAUCAGUCUGGAGGCUCUUGGAAUGAGCAUAAAAACAAAUGUGACAAUCUGACAUUGGAAAAUAUUAAAAGAGCUGACUCGGGAACAUACAUCUGCAAGGUUAGUGUGGAAAUACCAGUUUUGAUUGAAACUGAAGGAACUGGUACAACCAUCAGAGUUACACCCAGAGAGAACCCAGCAAAAGGCGCAGACCACCAGACUGGAAACGAGAAGAAGAGGACAGGUGAAGCAGGUGAAGACAAGGGAGAUGACAACAGUAAAACCCACAAAGACAAAGAAAAGGCAGUCAUACACAAAGAGAAAACAACUGACAGACCAAUUAAUCUCAUGGCUAAAGAUAAGGAGAAAACCAGAGAGAAGUCGGGAGAGAGGAAAAACCAACGACCAGCUGACGAUGAUUCCCAUGAGCAAGUGUUCACCUUCAUCCUGAGGUCUCUGCCCAUCGUUGCCCUCAUCACUGCCUUCUUUUGGCUCUACUAUGUCGGGACCAAAGCCAAGAGAGAAAAAGCAGCUGCUUCUAGAAAUAAAGCGUCUUCGCAACAACACACAGAGGACAAGGGAGAAGAGAUGGUGACAAAAGAAGCAGAAGAGAAAUGUACGAAGACCGGGAUGGCUAGUGAUCAUCAUGUUCAUCCUGCAGAGGACAUGGACUGAACUGGACCAUUUAGUUUUACAUUCAGUCAGCCGACUUGUAGGUCUCAGGGAUGUUGGAGCUUGUCUCUCACAGUCAGUGGAUCAGAGGCAGGAUUUCUUCGUGAACUGAACUGGCUACCAGCCCAACAUAGGUCAACAUAGACACAAACUAGAAAAAAACAUUCCACUCAGUGUAAGUUAAAGUAUCCAGUCAACCAAACAUUUAUGGUUGUGGGGGAAGGAAAGAAGCAAGAAAGUAAAAAGCAAUGUGUAAAGUGUCUUUCAAGUGCUUCAACAAACAAAAUGACAAAUACACAAAGUAACUACAUGUUACAUGUAAAACGACAUGUAAAAAUUUUUAAACAUUUUACUUACUUUUUGUUUUAUUAACCUGGUGCAAUGAAUCAUCAGAGAUCUUGCUUAGCAAAUAUUUUUCAAGCUGUGCUAAUUUGUGACCUUAUCGGUGGGAACAUUUAUGCAAACUUAGUAUCCAAUAUCAGAGCAAGUCUGAAAGACUGAACUAUAUAAUGUUCAGUCACAAGUUUUGGUGAAAAACCAGAAGAAAAUAAACAUUUGGACAUUUAUUUCUGUUUGAAAUAGUGAGCUUGUGAAAAAAUAAC